CAAAACUCGCCAGUCCCACAAUUUUAAUUAAUACAUUCUCGUGAUGCCAAAGAUUGUGGUAGGCGAAUUAGCUCAAUCUCACGUGCUCGAACCUAACUUUGCCUUCAAUCUUAGUUUUUUCUGUAUAAAUUUCAGAUUACCCUAAGCCAGUUCUCACAAGAGUAUAGCUUUUGUUUUCGCUUGCAAACACUAGUUUUUGCAUUCUGACGUUUCACCAUGGCACUUGACAACUUCCUCCUCCGAGAGCUCAUAGCAGCAGCUAUUCUCUUCUCCAUCACACGUUAUUUCAUUCGUUUUCUUAUCAGAAAAUCAAAUCAAAAGCUUCCUCCAGGCCCGAAAGGGUGGCCGCUAGUCGGUGCUCUUCCACUCUUGGGAUCCAUGCCCCAUGUCACCUUGGCCAAAUUAGCCAAAAAAUAUGGACCUGUCAUGUACCUGAAAAUGGGAACAUGCAACAUGGUGGUGGCCUCAACCCCAGACACUGCUCGAGCAUUCCUUAAGACACUUGACUUGAAUUUCUCCAAUCGACCUGCUAACGCUGGUGCCACCCACUUAGCUUAUAACUCUCAAGACAUGGUCUUCGCGGACUAUGGCCCAAAGUGGAAAUUGCUUCGUAAACUAAGCAAUCUGCACAUGCUUGGUGGUAAAGCCCUCGAGAAUUGGUCACAAAUCCGGGCUGUUGAGCUAGGCCAUAUGCUUCGAGCUAUGUGUGAAUCUAGCCAAAAGGGUGAGCCAGUGGUUGUGCCAGAAAUGUUAACGUAUGCCAUGGCCAAUAUGAUCGGCCAAGUGAUCCUCAGUCGACGAGUUUUCGAGAAAAAAGGGUCAGAGUCCAACGAAUUCAAAGACAUGGUGGUGGAGCUCAUGACUUCUGCUGGAAUUUUCAAUAUCGGUGACUUUAUACCAUCCAUUGCAUGGAUGGAUUUGCAAGGGAUUGAACGUGAGAUGAAGAAAUUGCAUAAAAGAUGGGAUGUGCUAUUGACAAAGAUGAUGGAAGAUCAUGCGGCAACCGCUCAUGAGCGGAAGGGAAAGCCUGAUUUUCUUGAUGUUAUUAUGGCUAACAGAGAAAACUCUGACAGUGAAAUGCUCACUUUGACCAAUGUGAAGGCACUUCUUUUGAAUCUAUUUACUGCAGGCACAGACACAUCUUCUAGCAUAAUCGAAUGGGCAUUAGCUGAAAUCAUGAAAAAUCCUAAAAUAUUGAAGAAAGCUCAUGAUGAGAUGGAUAAAGUCAUUGGCAGAAACCGAAGGCUCGAAGAAUCCGACAUACCGAAGCUUCCAUACUUUCAAGCCAUAUGCAAAGAAACAUUUCGAAAGCAUCCAUCAACUCCCUUGAACUUACCCCGAGUUUCCACCCAUGCUUGUGAGAUUAAUGGCUACUAUAUCCCCAAAAAUACUAGACUUAGUGUCAACAUUUGGGCAAUUGGUCGUGACCCUGAUGUGUGGGAAAAUCCACUAGAUUUCACCCCUGAAAGAUUUUUGAGUGGCAAAAAUGCCAAAAUCGAUCCACGAGGAAACGACUUUGAGCUAAUUCCGUUUGGUGCUGGAAGAAGAAUCUGUGCUGGAACCAGGAUGGGGAUUGUGCUAGUUGAGUACAUUUUGGGCACAUUGGUGCACUCUUUCGAGUGGAUGCUACCAAAUGGUGGGGAAUUAAACAUGGAUGAGAGCUUUGGGCUAGCAUUGCAAAAGGCUGUACCUCUUUCAGCCAUGGUUCGCCCACGGCUCGCCCCAACCGUAUAUGUUUCCUAAGCUCAACGAGCCUAAUCCAAGCCGCAAACUGUAGCUUGAUGGUCACUUUUUAUAGUUGUUUUGGGUAAGGCAUCUGAAAAUGAAGAUUGAUGUAUUUUAUCAAUUGAUGCUUCGUUUAGUUUCAAAUCUAUCCUUUCUUAUUAUCAAAAAAAAAAAAAAAAAUCUAGCCUUUCCUUGUAAUACAUUGAAUAAUAGUUCUUUCCUUUCUGUCUACAGUAUGGCAUUGAAUAAAUAGACUUUCUAUA